UUGUGUGUUUUUUUCCUGCUUGGGGUAAAUUCCACCUAUAAAGCACGGCCAUGGUGUCUCUGCCGCCAGAGAUCGUCCGCAACCACCACCCCACAGACUCACUGUCGCCCAAACAGUGUUGGCGAGAAGUGUUAGUCCAGUCAAACAAGGAGAUGAUUCAAGAAAUGCUUGCAUCAGCUUCAUUUAGUACUAGGAGCAUUGAUGAUAUUGCUUUAGCUGUGGCAGAGAAAGUUCUGUCCACUGGGCCUGCAGCACAACUGCUGGAAGAUGCAAGCGCCCUGAGUCCAAUGGUGAAGCGGGUGUCUACUGAGACAGCUGAAAGAGGUCCACAGCUCUCCGACAUCCAAGUGGCUCAAUGGGACAUUUGGAGCGGCAAGGUGGACGAUGCUCACAAAGUUGAUCGGCUGUUGGAACAAAAACGGAACUGUUCAAAGAGCUCUCCGCAUGGAAGCAGCGUUGAUCCCUUUGCAUCCCCUGAAGGCAAUGUAUCACUGGUCUUGGUUGAAGAAGGUGAAUCCGAUCACCACAGCUGCACGUCAGAGGAGGAGAGAAACAGGAUGCAAGCAGGGCUGGAGCUCAGAACCACCACUCAGCAAUACACCUGGAUGAGAUGGAAGGAAAAGCCCAAAUCCGUGCUGCUGGUUGCAAAGCAAGGUGACAUGGAAGUUACACGCCGACUGCGUGACAUUGCUUCCUGGAUAGAUUCUCAAGGAUGUUUUGUUAUUCUGGAGCCUGAACUUUGGACGGAAGUGCAGGGAAAGAUUGAGCCGGAGUUCUCUCCUCCCAAGAGAAAUUCCAAGGAGAUGCCCAGCAACAAAUGGCGCUGGGGCGACUCCCAGGGCCUGGUGCCCGGCUUCGCUGAGCGGGCGAGGACGUGGACGCCGGGCAAGGACAAGCUGGAGGAGUGCAUUGAUUUGGUGGUUUGCAUAGGCGGUGACGGAACCCUGUGUUGGGCAUCCGGUCUCUUUUCUGGUGCAAUGCCUCCUGUGAUUGCAUUCGCGGGUGGGUCUUUAGGCUUUUUGACACCCUUCCCCAUUUCGGACUGGCUGAAAGUGCUGAUGCCCGUUCUCGGUUCGAAGUGCGAGGUUGUUCCACCCCUUCAAGUGGCAUGCAGGAUGCGAUUUCAGAUGCGCCUCACGCGAUAUGACGAGGAGUCUCGUGAAAAUCUACAGCCCAUACCAGUCCAGGCAAUGAAUGAGGUACUGGUGCACAGAGGGUCCAGUCCACACCUGGUGAAGCUAGAAGUCUAUGUGAACGACAAGCAUGUCACCAUGGUACAAGGGGACGGGCUCAUCAUUGCCACUCCAACUGGAAGCACGGCGUACUCGCUGGCAGCGGGAGGCUCCAUGAUGCAUCCAGCGGUGCCGGGCAUCAUCCUGACUCCCGUGUGUCCCCACUCCCUGUCCUUCCGCCCGGUGGUGCUUCCCGACAGUGCAGUCGUGAAGGUUCAAGUGCCAUUGAGCUCGCGGAGCCAGAAAGUGAUGGUGGCAGUGGAUGGCAAGGACCGGAUUGAACUGAAGCGUGGUGAUUUCAUUGAAGUGGAAGUUUCGCAGUAUCCCAUUCCAACGGUGUGCAAGUCAUCUGUCACCGCAGACUGGUUUCGGUCAGUGAAUGAAGCGCUGCAAUGGAAUCUCCGCCUGGAACAAAAGAACCACUGAGCCAAAGGCGUCAAAGGCAUCAAAGGCAUCGGUCCGGCAUCAAUGGCUGCAAGGAUCUGCGCCUUUGGCGGCCAAAUUGGGCAGCCAAAUUUCGGCCCCACUGGAUGAGAGCAAUGUACAAGUUUUUCCCAGGUUGCAGGCUUCGAACUUAGACCA